AGUAAGUUGCCGAACGUGGAGCCAUCAGCAUGAAGACCUGUGCCUUGAUAUUGGUGAUUCCCCUCCUGGCCAGUGGCUGCCUGGCUGCUCCUGCUACCCAGCAGAGGACUGAAACCGAUCCUGAGCUGACUGCUGGCUAUUUUGAGGGGGACAUCGUGCUUGGUCCCGACGGAAGGAAUGGAAUGCGUAACGAGUCUUUCAGAUGGCCCGAUCGCACUGUGUACUACUAUAUAAAUUCGGACAUAGAUACCGAACACCGCAAUCACAUAAUUCGUGGUAUUCGUAUCAUUGAACGCAGUUCUUGUAUUGUGUUCAAGGAGGCCACCUCUGAUCAGGAUUACUUUAUCAAUGUCACAUCCUUUUCGGGCGGCUGUUUCUCCUAUGUGGGCUUCCGCAAUAGGUCCCAACAGUUAAAUCUGCAGAAUUAUGCUCUGGACACGGGUUGUUUCCGGCUGGGAACAAUUGUCCACGAGUUCCUGCACGCUCUGGGCUUCUAUCACCAGCAAAGCACGUGGAACCGUGACGAGUACGUCCGAAUUGCCGAGGAGAACAUUACAGAGGGAACCGAGGGCAACUUCAACAAGUAUGACAGCGAAACCGUCGAGGACUACGGAGAACCCUACGAUUACUCCAGUGUGCUGCACUACAGGGCGUAUGCGUUCUCUAAAAACGGAGAAAUGACCAUUGUGCCGCUGCAGGAAGGAGCCGAAGAGCUUAUGGGACAACGUUUGCAAAUGACCCAAUCGGAUAUUAACAAACUAAAUGUCAUGUACAAGUGCCCCAGGCAGGUGUAAUACGAAGUAAAAGUCAUUAAAUACCAAUUAUUAUUAGCUA